GUUCGGCAAAUCCAGGCCUCUUCCUUGGCCUUCGCGGCCAUCCUGGACAACGGAUCUGUUGUGACUUGGGGCGAUGCAGAUGGUGGUGACAGCAGUGCUGUGCAAGAUCGGCUUGUGAAUGUGCAGCACAUCCAAGCCACCUACAGAGCAUUUGCUGCCGUUCUGGACGACCGAUCUGUGGUGACUUGGGGAGAUGCUGAAUAUGGUGGUGACAGCAACAACGUGCAGCCUCUCCAUGAUGUACAGCAGAUCCUUGCUUCGUAUGCAGCCUUUGCCGCCAUUCUCGGUGACAGGUCUGUCGUGACCUGGGGCGAUGCGGAGUAUGGCGGUGACAGCAGAGCCGUGCAACAUCUCCUCAAUGGAGUGCAGCAGAUACAAGCCUCUUACGGUGCUUUUGCCGCCAUCCUGAGCGACUCAUCUGUCGUGACCUGGGGCGAUGCCAAGUAUGGGGGUGACAGCAGAGCCGUCCAAGACCGCUUGCGCCAUGUCCAGCAGAUCGAAUCUGCCCACAGAGCCUUCGCCGCCAUCCUGGACGAUGGAUCUGUUGUUACAUGGGGAGAUGAUGGGCAAGGUGGCGACAGCAGUGCCGUGCAGCACCUGCUCAAGGAUGUGCAGAGCAUCACUGCAUCUUCAGCGGCCUUUGCGGCUUUGCUGGGUGAUGGAUCUGUCGUGAGCUGGGGUGAGAGCAAAUCAGGUGGGGACAGCAGAUUCGUGCAGUGUGGGCUGCAGAAUGUACAAAAGAUCCAGGCUGCGAACAAUGCCUUUGCUGCCGUCCGGGUCGACGGAUCUGUUGUUACAUGGGGAGAUGCUGAAAGUGGUGGCGACAGUACUGCUGUGCAACAUCAGCUGAGACAUGUUCAACAGAUCCAGUCGUCUUCGAAAGCCUUUUGUGCCGUUCUAAACGACGGAUCUGUAGUGACCUGGGGCUGUGCUGAUUGUGGGGGCGACAGCAGUGCUGUCAGAUGCCAGUUUUAA